AUGGCUGACUCCUCAAAUACAGUCGUCACUCUUGCGUCCGAUCUCUGGAAGAGGGCAACAGCUGCGGGCCAGGGCGGCUUAUUGACAGGAGUAAAUCCCUCAACAUUCACCACCUCAGAUCCCCUGAGGUUAUGGAUAAUACAAAUGGGCAUAAUUAUCAUGAUGGCGCAGCUGCUGUCACUUGGUUUGGGCAGGAUCAAACAGCCGAAAGUCAUCGCUGAAGUCCUUGGUGGAAUUCUCCUUGGCCCUACUGCAAUGGGACGAAUACCUGGUUUCACCGAGCACAUCUUCCCCCCUCAAUCUCUCCCAUAUCUCUCCCUCGUUGCCAAUAUUGGCCUCUGCCUCUUUCUCUUCAUAAUUGGUCUUGAAAUCGACGGAAGCAUAAUCAAGCGUAGUGUUCGUAGAUCUGUGUUCAUUGCACUCUCUGCCAUGGCCUUGUCCUUUGGUCUCGGUGCUGCCAUCUCUGUGCCACUCUACCACAACUUCAUUCCUUCUUCUGUCAAGUUUACAAACUUCAUGCUUUUCACUGGCGUGUCGUUUGCCAUAACCGCUUUUCCAGUUCUUUGUCGCAUCCUCACCGCACUGAAGCUUCUAGACACAACGGUCGGCGUCGUCGUUCUGUCAGCUGGCGUGUGCAAUGAUGUAGUCGGUUGGAGUCUUCUGGCACUAGCGGUGGCCCUCGUUAAUGCGACAUCUGGGCUUACGGCUCUAUGGAUCCUGCUGACAUGCGUGGCAUUUAUAAUAUUUCUCAUGUGGCCGGUCAGAAUCGCGCUGCUGUGGUUUGCCAGAUUCACAGGAAGUACGGAAAACGGACCUACUAUGUUCUUCAUGACAGUUACCAUCUUAAUAUUCUGGGCAUGUUCGUUUUUUACGGACAUUGUGGGCGUCAAUGCUAUUUUGGAUGUAGGGGCGUUCCUGUCAGGACUAAUUGUUCCCCGCGAAGGCGGUCUUGCUAUUGCAUUAACGGAGAAGCUCGAAGAUAUGGUGUCAAUCAUUUUUUUACCUUUGUACUUCACAAUCUCUGGCUUAAAUACUAACCUUGGAUUGCUUGACGAUGGUAUCACUUGGGCAUUCACCAUCGCAAUUAUAUGUCUGGACUUUUCUGGAAAAUUCACUGCAUGUACGAUCACUGCGCGGAUAUCCGGAAUGAGUUGGCGAGAGUCAGGCACCGUCGGAUCAUUAAUGAGUUGCAAAGGUCUCGUCGAAUUGAUCGUACUCAAUAUCGGGCUUGCUGCCAACAUUCUCACCCAAAGGGUGUUCUCGAUGUUUGUCUUCGAGGCGUUGGUCCUAACGUUCAUGACUACACCCCUCGUCUCUAUACUUUAUCCUCCCGAACGCCGGAUUCGUGCGCCAGUUGGAGGUGUUUCACGGGCAUCAACUGGAGAUCCAGACGAAGACAAGAGCGAUCGCAAGUUUUCCGUGACUGAGGAUCAACCAUGGCGCUCCCGCUUUACCGUUAUCCUCGACAAAUUUGAUCACAUGUCCGGAAUGUUAGUGGCCACUCAACUGGUGUGCCUGCCUUCUCCUGAAUCACCUUCCAUCGCCGCUAUCCGAUCAACUGCGUCAACGAGGGCAUCUGCGAAGAUGAAAAUGCCCGAGGUCAGCGUGGACGCUCUCCGUUUAGUUGAGUUAUCGGACCGUACCUCAGACGUCAUGAAGUCCUCAGCGGUUGACACCCUUAUUUACACCGACCCGCUCCUGAGUGUGUUCCGCACCUUUGGGGAACUCAAUGAUAUACCUGUUUCACUCUCGCUUUCAGUUGUACCUCAUGACGACAUGCCGGGCACUGUGGCUGACCACGCCAAAAGAUACGGAUCCCAGCUCCUCCUCCUGCCGUGGCUAUCGCCAUCGUCCAAUACAAGUGAAGAUCUGAUUGGCCCGCAUGGUCAAAAAAUCGAAUUGAAUCCAUUCGAAGCCUUUUUUGGCGGAUCAAAACACACUGCAAAGUCCGCAGCUGUGAUCCAUUCACAGUUUGUGCGCAGAGUAUUUGCAGAGAGCAAGACGGAUGUUGCGCUCUUCAUCGAUCCGGUCGGUUCCGGCACUGGGAGUGCGAGGCACAUAUUUUUCCCAUUCUUCGGCGGUCCAGAUGAUCGGCUUGCACUUGAGUUCGUAGUGCAGCUUUGUACUAAUCCCAGAAUGAGUGCGACGGUUGUUAGGAUGUCAAAAAGUAGUGCUGAGAGUGCUGCGGUUGAAAGACCGUCGCUCGCUCAUCUAGAGGAAAAAGCGAGUUUACAUGUGCCGGAUCUAGGAUACCAAACAUCUGUCCCUUCGAAUUUUGCUUUUCAAGACACCUUUUACGGUCAGGCCAACACGGAAAUGCAGUUUCAAUCUGAGACUGCCAAUAAUUUCGUGUGGGCGCGAUAUGCCAACUCUCAAAUUUCAGAUGAAACACCCUCCUCGUUGAGAGCUGCCCUUUCCCGAAUCAAAUUCUCCGAGUAUUCAUCGCCUUUACCGCUACAUUCUGCUAUCCAGCUUGCAUCUGGGCAUAAGCCUGUUCUGGUGGUGGUUGGGCGCUCGAGGCGCCUUGCGGGAGAGGAUCACACAUCAGAGCUGCGCCAGUUCCUCGAGGAGCGAGGCUGUGUGGGGCAAGAUGUUAUUAAGAAGACCAUUGGCGAUCCUGCCACUGCGUUUGUUGCCUCGGGAUGUGCAUCCGCUAUCGUGGUUCUCCAGGCUCCGAAUAUUGAUACUUGAUGUGAGGGAAUGUCCAACUUAUAUCUGAGAUUAUUGCUUCUUAUCUCGGUGUAUAUACCACUGUACUGUGUAUAUGGUACUAUCUAAUGUCUUUCGAUCUUAGUAGCAGCGGUUUAAUACCACCGCAUCACUACUUGUAUAACAGUCGAGUUCACGGUUACCUUGGCGGAUUGGUUCCCAGUCACUGUGGUGGCCCCCGUCCGCGUUGAAGUCUGAA